CACACUAGUUACUCCUUGGCCUCGGCGGCGCCCUCGUCCUUGGCCUCGGGCGUCGCCUCCGUCGCCUCGCUCCGCGCUGAUUUUACACCGGCGAACAUGGCUUUGAGCUCGGCCUCCUGCGCGGCGCGGGCCUUCGCGUCCAUGGUCACCAUCAUGGGGUCCUCGAGGUGCUCGCCCUUCUUGCUCGGGUCGUGGUCGGGGCCCAAUUGUGAUGGGUCCAUCUUUCCUGGACUCGGCGGCGCCGCGGCGCUGCUUGGGUCGUUCUUCUUUCUUGUAUUACUUCGCCGGCGCACGGGGUCGUCUAGCGUCCCUGAGCAAACUUGUGCUGCUUGGCUCUUUUUGUGUGGGGAGCUAGUUGUGGCUCUGGCGGCGGCGUCACCGCACAGCAGCUCACGCGGCGCGGUACGCGUCUCGCAAUCACCGAAGGCGCGUCCACAAGCUGCCCGGCGCGUAAAAGUGCGCUCGUUUCCGUUUGAAACACCGGAUGAUCACAUCGCCUAG